CGACUUGCUGACGCCGUCGAAGACGCUCGCUCCCUUCUUGCGUCGAAGUUCGCGCUCAAGGGCUAUUCAACACGCUGCGCGUCGAGCUCGGAAUCUCGGAGCCGGUCCCGCCGACCGUCACGCUCGCGUAUCCCGGCGCCGUCAACACGCCCGUGAACAAUGCGCGCCUCGGCACCGGCGACGGCGCGGUCGACCUCGACCUGACCAAGAAGAGCAUGUCGCCCGACCGAUGCGCCGCCAUCAUGGUGGCCGCCCACGCGGUCGGGCGGCGCGACGUCUUCUACUCGAUCGACGGCACGCUCGCUGGCGCCAUCAAGACGCGCCUCCUCCGCCACCUCGCCUUCUUCUUCCCCGCCGGCUCGGACAGGGUGCUCGCCAGGGCGAUGCGCGUGGGCGAGAUGAGCAGCAAGAAGCCGGCGCGACGACAGCUCAUGGCUGUGCUGCGCGGCGCCGGCCGACUCGUCAUCGCGGGCCAGCGCUGGGCUUCGGACGAGGUCGCGCACGUGUGCCGCCUUUCGGAGCGUGUCUCAGGGCGCUUCUCCGAGCGCGUCUCGGGGUGCUUCUCCAUCUCGUCGUCGCGCGGCAGGCGGGGCAGCGGCGGGGAGCCCCUCCCCCGUGCGCGCUCUGGGCUCGCGUUGACCUCGGACGCGGUGGCAGAGGCAUUUGACGAAGCGCGUGAGUAGACACGCUCCUCUUGGGAGUACCUCGACUCUCGGGGCUCUCGUUGACCGUCACGCUUGAUCACCACGCGACUCUCUAGAGUCUGUCCGUCUCGCUGUCGUUGUUCCAUUGUGCAUUGACCAUUGUCCAUUGUGCAUUGACCAUUGUCCAUCCACAUUGCCAUCGGACAUGCUCCAUCGUUUUGCAUUUUGGUUGGGUUCAUCCCAUGUGUGUUGUGUGUGCGUGGAGUGCCAUGCAUGAUCGAUCAGUGGCCAUGUGAGUGUUGGAUAGUUUAAGAGGGAACAAAAGCGCGG